AUGGAGCUGGGUGGGGGCCUGGGGCUGGUGCUGAGUCUGGUCAUCGCUGCCUACCUUCUGCUCAGCAUAUGGCACCAUCAGUUCUCUGGGCUGCCCCCUGGCCCAGCCCCUUGGCCCUUCUUGGGAAACAUUCUGGGGCUGGAUGUGGUAGACCUGCUGAAGUCUCUGAAGGAGCUCAGUGUCAAAUAUGGCCCCAUCUACACUUUUCAUCUGGGCUCCCGCCCAUGUGUGGUGAUUGCUGGGUACCAGACCCUGAAGGAGACACUCAUCGACUGGGCUGAGGAGUUUGGGGGCCAUGGAGAGUUCCCUGCUGUGCAAAUGUGGAGCUUUGGGGAUGGGAUUGUGUAUGGAAAAGAACAGUGGAGGCAGCUCUGGAGAUUUGCCAUCUCCACCCUGAAGAAUUUUGACAUGGGGAAGCACAGCCUGAAGGAGCGAAUCCGAGAAGCUCAACACCUGUGUGAGGAGUUCCAGAAGACAGGGGGUGCUCCCUUUGAACCCACCUUCUUCUUAAGCUGUGCUGGCUCCAACAUCAUCUUUUCAUUGGUCUUUGGGGACCACUUCACUUAUGGUGACCCUAAGUUCCUGGAGUUAAUGACUCUGCUCAGUGGUAACUGGAGGAUCAUGAGCUCCUUCUGGGGACAAGCCUUUGUCAAUAACCGUGUGGCUCAAAAUCGGAAGUCCUUGGACCCAGCCAAUCCCCGGGACUACACUGACUGCUCCCUGAUCAAAAUGGAGCAAGAAAAGAAUAACCCCCAGAGUCACUUCAAUGCUCAAACUCUUUCUAAGACAGCAGUGAAUUUGUUCUUCAUGGGAACAGAGACCAUGAGCUCGACUCUUCUCUAUGGACUCCUCAUCCUUCUCAAACACCCUGAUCUGCAAGCCCAACUCCACAAGGAAAUUGAUGAGGUAAUUGGGUCAAGCUGGCUCCCCAGCAUGAAGGACCGGGUUAAAAUGCCCUACAUGGAUGCCAUCAUCCAUGACAGCCAGUGCUUCACAGACAUUGUGCCUGUGUCAGUGCCCCACACAGUCACUCAGCCCACCAGGUUUCAUGGCUACCACCUCCCCAAGGAUUUGAACAUCAUUCCCCUGCUAUGCACGGCUCACUUUGACUACACCCAGUUCAAAGACCCAGAGGAGUUCAACCCUGGACACUUUCUGGAUAAACAAGGAAGAUUUAAGAAGAAUGAAGUUUUUCUGGCUUUCUCUGCAAGUUGUAGCUGA